UCAGUAAGUCCUAAGUCACCGCAUAAUUGAGAACCCAUACUAAACGGUAAACGGAAACAAACAGGGAGGGCAAAAGGUGAAAGUUAUGGUUUUGGCAUACAGCAUCUCUCAAACCCUCAUCUACAACUGCAACCGUCAGUUAAAGGCUCUCGACUUUGUUAAAAUAAAGUUAUCUUCGGAUUCAGAUCAAACAAAACCGAACGGAGUAUCUGGAUUCCAAGCAAAAAGGCAAUGCUUAAGGUGCAAAACCCUCUACUCUGAUGCAGAUAAUUCCCCUACUUCAUGCUCCUUCCACGGCCAUGCCACUGAGUCAUUGCAAAAAUUUGCAGGAGAGAAAGGAUUAUUUGCAUUGGCACCUCCACACCAGGGGAUUGAUGGAGACUGGACGGAUGGCUCUGGAGUCAUCGUCUACAAAUGGAAUAACGAAAAUAAUAGACCAAAUACUGGACGCGCCAAUUGGAAGAAAAGAUGGAGUUGCUGCCAAGAAUUUGAUGAAAAUGCACCACCGUGUAUUCGUGGAUGGCAUGUCUCAUACGAUGACGGCUUCACUUUAUAUUAGAUGCCGUUUAUAUUUUUUGUUUAGUAUAAUACCACAUUGACAUUAAUCUAGGUUCAAGUUGAGAAAUGCUUCCAUUGUAUAUACGACGCAUGCAUCUCAAUCUCAUAGUUAAUUUCUUUCACUGUCA